UAGCUACGAGCCACAUAAGCCCGGAAGUACUUCCCUUCAAAAUAAAAGUAGGUGUAAAGAAAUUACUAAAGUCAUUUUUGUACCUUCUGAGUGUGUUGUGUGUAUCACACUAUGUGUCCACUUGUGAAUGGAUAGAGCCUUUACCAUUAUUAUAAAAAUAAUAAUUAUUAUUAUUAUUAUUACCUAGUUUAACACUCAUAGUACUUAUGAUAACUUUCUGAAUAACUAUCCUGAUCAGCAUGGGCAUCAGAGUAGCUGUGAGCUGCACUGUGUUGUAUACCCUACUAGACCUGGUUGUCACCACUGUUGUGUACACACACGGAUCAAACUUGAGCAUAUUCAAAAAGGAUGCCCUGAACUUUAACAUCCUCCGGUCAGUAUUGGACCUUUGGGGGACUGUGCUGCUCAGAGCCUCUCUCCUGCUAGGAGCCUCCAUAGGGGUGUCAUGGAAUAGAAAAGACGGCCCACCGAGGGUCGCAAAACUCACCACCCUCAUUGUCCUCCACUGCCUGAUUGUCGCCACCUACGCCCUGGCCAAGCUGCUGAUGCUGAGCGAGCUGGGGCCUCUGAGCCACCAGCCCUGGAUCCUGAGCCUGAUAUGUUGGACUUGUGCCUCUUCUCUGGGUGUUCUGCUUCUCUGGAGACUGCUGGGGAAGGAGGCCAACUCGGCCAGCAGUCACAACAACAGCAGCAGCAGUGGAGAAGGGGGCUCCCAGGACACUGACAAGCUGGUGGAGACAGCUGGUGAGGAGGAGCAAGAGGUGGGGUUUGAGGUGAGGAAGAAAGAGAAGGAGGAGGAGGAGGAGGGAAGCCAGGAGAAGGAGAAGACCAGCUCUGGGGCUACACUGGGACGUCUGCUGCUCUACUGCAGAAAGGAUGGGGGGCUGCUCUCUGUAGCUGUCCUCUUUCUCAUCAUCUCAGCUGUGUGUGAGGCCUUCAUACCGUACUACUAUGGGAAAGCAAUAGACAGCAUUGUGGUACACCGGAGCAUGGAGCACUUCGCUAAGCCUGUUAUCACACUGUCGGUGCUGGCUAUUGCCAGUUCCCUUGCAAUGGGAGUACGUGGAGGAGUCUUCACACUGACGAUAGCAAAAUUAAACCUUCGGCUUAGGAACCAUCUCUUCAGAACUCUGAUGAGGCAGGAAAUUGGCUUUUUUGAUGAAAACCAUACAGGUGACAUCCUUUCACGUCUGUCAGCUGACACCACCCAGGUGAGUGACCUGCUUUCCCUGAAUAUCAACAUCUUCCUGCGGAGCACCAUCAAGGGCAUUGGUGUCUUCAUCUUCAUGUUUGGGAUGUCCUGGAAGCUCACACUGGUGGCCCUCAUGGGAUUCCCUUUCAUUGCCGUUGUCUCUAAACUUUAUGGCAAUUACUACAAGAAAUUGACCAAAGAGGUGCAAACAAUCCUUGCAGAUGCCAAUAAAGUUGCAGAGGAAACCAUUUCAUCCAUGAGGACAGUACGGAGCUUUGCCAAUGAAUGUGGGGAGGCCGAGUCCUACUAUGGCAAGCUUUUGGUCAUGUUCCAGCUCAACAAAAAACAAGCCCUGGCCUAUGCUGGCUACAUGUGGUCCAGUAGUAUCUCAGAGCUUGCUUUAGAGGUUUCUAUGCUCUACUAUGGCGGCCACCUUGUAAUAACCGGUCAGAUGAGUAGCGGUGCCUUGAUAUCUUUUUUCAUAUACAUGCUGGAACUGGGAGAAUGUCUUCAGAAUAUUGCUUCGGUGUACACGGGCCUCAUGCAGGGAGUUGGAGCAGCUGAGAAGGUUUUCGAGUACCUGGACAGGAAACCCAAACACCCAGCUGAUGGCACAGAGGCUCCAGACACAUGCACCGGUGUGGUGGAAUUUAAAGAUAUCAAGUUUGCCUACCCAACACGCCCUGAAACUGAAAUUCUCAAGGGAGUGUCAUUCACUUUGCGGCCUGGGGAGGUGACCGCCCUUGUGGGUCCUUCAGGCAGUGGAAAGAGCUCCUGCGUGAGUCUGCUGGAAAACUUCUACCUUCCUCAGCAAGGCCAAGUGCUGCUGGAUGGAAAGCCCAUACACACCUUCCAGCAUGACUACCUCCACUCCAAGGUAGCUCUUGUGGGCCAGGAGCCUGUGCUGUUUGCCCGGACGGUGGAGGAGAACAUCACCUAUGGCCUGACUGACGUCCCAAUGGAGACUGUGGUGCAGGCUGCCAUCAAGGCCAAUGCCCACGAUUUUAUCACUUCCCUCCCUACAGGCUAUGGAACAAGUGUUGGAGAGAAAGGCACCCAGUUGUCAGGGGGGCAGAAACAAAGGGUGGCCAUCGCAAGAGCUCUCAUCCGCAACCCUCGUGUUCUUAUCCUGGACGAGGCGACCAGCGCCCUAGAUGCAGAGAGUGAACACAUUGUUCAGAACGCUCUAAACAAUGUCAUGCAGGAGCGCACGGUGUUGGUGAUCGCCCAUCGGCUCAGCACUGUGGAGAAGGCAGACAACAUCAUUGUGAUUGACAGGGGCCAUGUGGCUGAACAGGGGUCUCACAGUCAGCUGAUGGCCAGUGGGGGGCUAUACUAUAAGCUGGUGCAGAGGCAGGUACUGGGCAUGGAGACAGGGGCGGAGGUCCUCAAUAAAUCUGAAAAACUCAGCUGGACGUGUGAUGGUGGAAGGCAGAGAAAAAGGCAAAGCAGCAGUGGCAGUGAGUCUGAACACAAUUUGCGCUACUGAGAAUGAACUGUAGGGUGGGAAAAUGGGAAAGAAUUGUUGGAAGGGUUGAUUCUUUCUGUAUAUUCUGGGAUUCAAACCAUAUGUACUGUAGAAACUGUUUUGUGCAGAAAUUCAGAAGUGUGAAGUCCCUUCACUGAAAUCCAGGAGCUUGAUGUAUUUUAUUGUAAUUUGAUGUCAUGUCAGAAUCAGGUCAGGUUGAGAUGCAGUUAUAGACAAACUGAGAGGUAUUAUGAAGUAAAAAUAUAGUUGAAUGUCUUAAAACACAUCAUAGAGCAUUGAUUCCCAACCAGGGGUACUGGUACCCAAGUAGAGACGUUUUGAUACCAUGUCCCUCCCGAUACUGAUUUUGAUGCCUGAACUGAACUUGGCCGAUACCGAGUACCGAUCCGAUACCAGUGUGUUAACAAUUAUAUAUUUACUGUGUGUGUGUGUGUGUGUGUGUGUGUGUGUAUAUAUAUACACACAUUACAGACGACCAGUCAAUGCCCUGUAUUUACUAUUGAACCUACUUGUCUUCAGAAAAUGAAAACACUUUGUUCAGUAGAGAAACACCCAACCUUAAAUUAGAGACAAUAAAAGACCAUGAGCCAAGUCUCAUAUCUAGUGCACUGCCAUACAGCUGGCAAAGAUGGGACCCCAGGAGCAGAGUGUGGCAAUGAAGGCUUUAAUUUUUUUCCAUAUCACUUUUUAUUUGCUUAUAUUAAUAAAAUAUGUAUUAAUUAUACAAAAUAAUGUACUGAAGUAAUUCAAAGUAGGCUAGUGCACUUUCUUUUAUAAAUUUGAAUUCAAUUUUUGAGCCACUGGGGCUGGUGGGCAAAAAAGUUAAUUUCUCACCUUGAUGUCGCCACCAAGCACGCCAAGAAGAAGACGGUGACUGGAUGUAGUGUACGGUGCAUGUCCAACUGCAGUUCCGGGCUCUACGAUUGGCCAGGCGUUCAUGCUUGAGGGAGGUAACGAUACUCGAUUGGUUCAGGUCCUAUCCCCUAACCAAAUCGGCUAUCCUAACCUAGGUCAAUGCCUGACCUCAACUAAUCGGGCUGCUUCGUAGGGCGGGUAUUGCCCAGAACUGCAGUUGGAUCCAUAAUUAUGUGUACGCUGCACCCUGUAGGCUUAGGAGGUUAAACCUGAUUCUGAAUCACAAACAAAAGGCUCUUUUAAGAGUGUGUGUGUGUGUGUGUGUGUGUGUGUGUGUGUGUCAUAGACUGUAUAUUUGGUCUAUGGUGUGUACAGAGAAUGAAUGCCAUACCUUUUUAUAUCAUCUAGUUUGACACUCGGUCAUAACUGAAAAAUUAACAUUAAUUAAUUAAAAAAUCUAGAAACAGGUAGCAAUUCUAAAAAGCUGUAUCCACAAUUUAGUAAAAUAAAAGAGAUUUAAAAUGUAAUAUAAUGCACUGUACCCAAGGCCAAAUGCGAGCAGACUUCUUAGCCGUGCUGUGUAGGCUAUUGCUUCUUAAAACGGCCAAGAUAAAUUGAUUUCCGGUUUGGUCUGAACGCUAACAAGCUUUUUUUGGAAUUUUUUUUUUUCUUCAGGCGAAAUUACGUGGUAUCGGAUCGGUGCAUAGACUUGCGUACUCAAACUGUCAGCUGGUAUUGGUAUGUAUAUCUGAACAAAUCUACCAGCGGGUGCUUCUAAAGUUGCCAGGGGGUACGUGAAAAGAUUGUAGGGUAAUUUAACAGAAUUUAAAAAAAUAUCAAUUCUAAUUUGUUCAAAAGAAUAUAUACACAUAUAAACAUGAACUACACCUGAACACUACAUGUUGCCGUUUUGUAAGUCAAUGGAUAAAUGGUUUAAGCAUUCAGCUCCACUCCAAGUACUAGUGGCCUAGUAGACUAGCAUUAGUAUGAUUGGUGACCAAACCAACCUUAAUAUUGGCAAUUUAAUAGCAUGAAAAAAAUUAGCAAUAUCCACUUUUAUAAAACGCAUAGUGUCAUAUAUUUGGAAUGUACGUAAGGAAUCAAAGAAAGGGCAUGCAGGUUCAUCUGGCAGAGCUGUGGGGUACGUCAGACCAAAAGUGGCAUUGCCAUUAGAAAUAAAACUUGAAUAAAUGAAUGGCUACCAUGACCAUUACAUGGGAAUACGGGCAUAAAAUAGCAAAUAUGCUAAAACCUGGCUGCAAUUUAUCUCUCCUUGUUUUUAUGAGUUUAAUUUAUUAUUUAGUUAAUAUUUAAGUGUGCAUUGUCCUGUCUAAAUAAAAUGGCAUUACAUGUAACUGAUAUAUUAUCUUUAAGAACAGGUGAUAUGCUGUAGUUGAUGUACUGUAUUUGGUUUGUUGUUUUAUACACGUCAUCAUCACACUCCAGACAAAGAAUGUAUUGUUUAGGUUUUUCCUCAGGUUUUGUUUUUUUACUAUGUUUGAAUGUAUUUUACUGUAGCCGGUGUAGAAAUGCUUUGAGUUUCUUUUCAGGGCUGUUCAAUUCCAUAAUUUUAAUUUCACAAGUAAGCUCCAAUGCUGCAAUAACUACAAAGAGAAGAAAGGUGCCUUCUGUGUAGAGCUAUGUGAUGAAGAUACAUUAAUUAUAACUCUGACAUACAUAACUUAAUUGUGUAAAACACUAUAUAAGUAAAUAAAAAUGAAUGUGUAAAACUA